CUCUUCAGUUAUUUUUCUUUCCACUUCCAGUCUAUGAGGAGGAUGGAGCUGGGAUUGUGAACAGGCCAGCUGGGACCGGCGCUGGUCCAGUAAAUCGCAGAGCUUAACAUUUUUUUCUUUCUCGGAGCUCUUCAUCUCUUCUCCCAUUCUGUGUAGUCGAGCAGAACUCCCAGAUCUUUGACCAUGAAGCUCUGGGCUGUACUUUGUCUGGCGCUGCUCUGCAUUGAGCUCCAAAAUGGAUCCUGCCAGGCAAUCAAGAGAAAAAAAGACGCAGGAGAAAGGAACACCCGCUCCGAUGGGAAGAGGGGGAGAAUUCGCCAGCCAGCUCUGAGCAGCAGAAGAGGGAAAAACCAGUCCCUCCUUACCCAGGUGUUGGAUAAGGGCCGCUUCCUGCGCCUAGGCCAGAGUGCCUCUUUGACCCCAGGGAAAAACAUGGAGCUGCGCUGCAAGGGGAGCAAGAUCGGAUGGUCCUACCCCACCUACCUGGACACCUUCAAUGACUCGCGCCUCAGCAUCAAGCAUAGUGACAAAUACAGCCAGCUGAUCCUGAGCUCGCCCUCUGCUGCUGACACAGGCUCCUACAGCUGCUGGGUCGUAGUGUGUGAUGGGACAGAAUGUCAGAAGGAUCACGAUCGCACCUACGCUUCAUACAUCUACUUCACAGACAAGGAGAGCCUCUUUGUCCCGUCUGCCAUCCACUUUGAGAUCGUCUACCUGCGCCCCGACAGCCCUGCCGUCGUGCCCUGCCGUGUGACCGACCCCCGGGCCAUGGCUUCGCUGCACAGAGAGGUCCCUCCUGUGGAGAUCACAGCAAACGAUACUCGUCUGACCUAUGACCCCACCAGGGGGUUCAUCCUUCAAAAUCCCAGCGCAGAUCUUCAGGGCGUCUUCUACUGCAAGGCUGUAUCCAAGGACAACCCUCAAAUCUCCAACAAAUAUCAGCUGUUGUAUGUGGAAGUUCCCAGUGGGCCACCAUUUGUGAACCUUGGAGCCUCUCCUGAGACGGUGAGAGGAGGAGACAAUGUUAACCUGACCUGCACUGUACUGGGAGAACCCGAGGUGGACGUGAGCUUCAGCUGGGCUUAUCCUGGACAGGGUCAGCGUCCCGUUAACAUCCAUACACUGUGGAGGCUGGUUAACAGAGGGAUGGGCCACACCACGAGGAUCUCCCAGAGCACCUUGGCUGUGGAGGAUGUAGAAACCAUCGACUAUGGCAACUACAUCUGUAGAGCUAAGAACAAGCAUGGGGAGACGAGCGUAGCAACCAAAAUCCUGGCUUCAUAAUCCCACCAAGAAGCAAAGGAUUCAGAUUUAUUAGGAUGGAUUUUUUUUUCCAUAAGUAAAGCUUUUAACAAAGAACCAUCUGCAGGUCCAGAUAAAACGAGUCUGCUCACAAAAUGAUAUUCAACAAAUAAAGAUUUUUUUAAUUGC